CAUUGCAGCCCAUCUUGAGAAAGCCAUGGCAGAGUCAGUUAAGAAACAUCAGUCUAGCACUUCUGAACCUUCUCUUCCAGCAACUUUAGUCCCCAACAGCAUCUCCUUUAAUACUGAUGGUUCCAUCCAAUAUAAAGAAAAGCCAUAUUCCUCUGCCUCUGAAGCCCUAGAUGCUUACAUUGACGAUUUUCAUUUAAGCUGUGAGCUUCCUGAUAUUGAUGAUACAGAGGGUAACUUGGAUCACAGCCCUCUUGAGCUUCUUGCUAAACUAAACAGUGAUGAGAGUCCCUACACUAAAUCCGCCAGCCAGACAAAGCCGCCUGAUGGAGCGUUGGCUGUGAGGAGACAGAGCAUCCCAGAGGAGUUCAAGGGCUCCACUGUGGUUGAGCUGAUGAAGAAGGAAGGCACGACCCUCGGGCUGACGGUAUCGGGCGGAGUCGAUAAGGAUGGCAAGCCUCGAGUGUCAAAUCUGCGGCAAGGAGGAAUUGCUGCCAGAAGUGAUCAGCUGGAUGUGGGUGACUACAUCAAAGCAGUGAAUGGGAUCAAUCUGGCCAAAUUCCGCCAUGACGAGAUCAUCAGCUUGCUGAAGAAUGUUGGGGAGAGAGUGGUUCUUGAAGUCGAGUAUGAGCUGCCUCCCGUCUCUGUUCAAGGAUCAAGUGUUAUUUUCCGGACGGUGGAGGUCACAUUACAUAAAGAAGGCAAUACCUUUGGUUUUGUGAUACGAGGGGGAGCACACGAUGACAGAAAUAAAUCUCGACCAGUUGUGAUAACAUGUGUUCGUCCAGGAGGGCCUGCUGACAGAGAGGGCACUAUCAAACCUGGCGAUAGGUUGCUCAGUGUGGAUGGAAUUCGGCUUCUUGGAACCACGCAUGCUGAAGCCAUGAGUAUUCUUAAACAGUGUGGCCAGGAAGCAACGCUGCUGAUAGAAUAUGAUGUCUCAGUAAUGGAUUCCGUGGCUACAGCAUCUGGGCCACUACUAGUUGAAGUUGCCAAAACUCCUGGUGCCAGCCUUGGCGUUGCCCUCACUACCUCGAUGUGCUGUAACAAACAGGUCAUCGUCAUAGACAAAAUCAAAUCUGCCAGUAUCGCAGACAGGUGCGGGGCCCUGCACGUGGGAGAUCAGAUCCUGUCCAUUGACGGGACCAGCAUGGAGUACUGCACACUAGCAGAAGCAACCCAGUUCCUGGCAAACACCACCGACCAGGUCAAGCUGGAGAUUCUUCCACAUCAUCAGACCCGCCUGGCCCUGAAGGGCCCUGACCACGCAGCAAUGGUGUCUUCAUCCUUCUCUCCUACCUCCAUGAGUGCAUACAGCCUGAGUUCCCUGAACAUGGGGACUUUACCUCGAAGCCUCUACUCCACUAGCCCACGGGGAACCAUGAUGAGGAGGAGACUGAAAAAGAAAGACUUCAAAAGCUCACUGUCUUUAGCCUCUAGCACGGUGGGCCUGGCUGGGCAGGUUGUUCACACGGAAACCACAGAGGUUGUGCUGACAGCAGAUCCCGUCACAGGAUUUGGAAUCCAACUGCAGGGCAGUGUGUUUGCCACAGAGACUCUCUCUUCCCCACCUCUGAUUUCCUAUAUCGAAGCGGACAGUCCGGCAGAGAGAUGUGGAGUGCUACAGAUUGGAGACAGAGUGAUGGCCAUUAAUGGAAUUCCUACCGAAGACAGCACCUUCGAGGAAGCCAAUCAGCUCCUCCGAGACUCUUCCAUCACGAGCAAGGUCACUCUGGAAAUCGAGUUUGAUGUUGCAGAGUCUGUCAUCCCCAGUAGUGGAACAUUUCACGUAAAACUCCCCAAGAAGCACAAUGUGGAACUUGGAAUAACCAUAAGUUCACCAUCCAGUAGAAAACCAGGAGACCCCCUUGUCAUAUCAGAUAUCAAAAAAGGCAGUGUGGCACACAGAACUGGAACCCUGGAACUUGGGGACAAGUUACUUGCAAUAGACAACAUCCGGCUGGACAACUGUUCCAUGGAGGACGCGGUUCAGAUCCUCCAGCAGUGCGAAGAACUGGUGAAGCUCAAAAUCCGCAAAGAUGAGGAUAAUUCAGAUGAGCAAGAAAGUUCCGGAGCAAUUAUUUACACCGUGGAGCUUAAGCGCUAUGGGGGGCCCCUUGGCAUCACAAUUUCAGGAACUGAAGAGCCGUUUGAUCCUAUAAUCAUUUCCAGCCUCACGAAAGGGGGAUUAGCUGAAAGAACUGGCGCGAUCCACAUAGGAGACCGAAUCCUAGCCAUCAACAGCAGCAGCUUGAAAGGGAAGCCUCUGAGUGAAGCCAUCCAUUUGUUACAGAUGGCAGGAGAGACUGUCACCUUGAAAAUUAAGAAACAGACAGAUGCUCAGUCAGCAUCAAGUCCCAAGAAAUUCCCCAUUCCCAGCCACCUGAGUGACCUGGGAGAUGUGGAAGAGGACCCCUCCCCAGCACAGAAGCCAGGCACGCUCAGCGAUGUGUACUCCUCCACCGUGCCCAGUGUGGACAGUGCUGUGGACUCAUGGGAUGGCUCUGGAAUCGAUGCCAGCUAUGGGAAUCAAGGCACUGGCUUCCAGGCCUCAGGUUACAACUUCAACACCUACGACUGGAGGAGUUCCAAGCAGAGAGGCAGCUUGUCCCCGGUCGCGAAGCCGCGGAGCCAGACUUACCCAGAUGUGGGGCUGAGCAGUGAAGACUGGGACCGGUCCACGGUCAGCGGUUUCACAGGGGCUCCGGACAGCACCGAGGCCGAGCAAGAGGAGAACUUCUGGUCGCAAGCUCUGGAGGACUUAGAGACCUGUGGGCAGUCGGGAAUUCUGAGAGAACUCGAGGAGAAAGCUGACAAGCGUGUGUCUUUGAGAAAGAUGAGUCUCUUGGCAACAAUCAUGUCGGGGAGCACGGUGAGUUUGAAUCAUGAGGCCCCGACACCCCGCAGUCAGCUGGGGCGACAGGCCAGCUUCCAGGAACGGAGCACCUCGCGGCCACACUAUAGCCAGACAACUCGGAGCAACACCCUGCCCUCAGAUGUGGGCAGGAAGUCGGUGCCCCUGAGAAAAAUGAAGCAAGACAUAAAGGAGGUCAUGUCCCCGACUCCUGUGGAGCUGCACAAGGUGACCUUGUACAAGGGCUCUGACAUGGAAGACUUUGGGUUCAGUGUAGCCGAUGGCUUGCUGGAGAAAGGAGUAUAUGUCAAAAAUAUUCGCCCAGCUGGGCCAGGAGAUCUUGGUGGUUUAAAGCCCUAUGACAGGCUCCUACAGGUGAAUCACGUCCGAACGAGAGACUUUGACUGUUGCCUUGUGGUGCCCCUCAUCGCAGACUCUGGUAAUAAGCUGGAUCUGGUCAUCAGCAGAAACCCACUGGCUUCACAGAAAUCUGUAGAACAGACUCUACCGGGAGGAGAACGGAGCGACCAGAACAGUGCUUUUUUCCAGCAGCCGAGCCAUGGCGGUAACUUAGAGAUGCGAGAACCCACUAAUACGUUAUAGCGACGCUUCCUGUAAAGCAGGACGAGAGACGCUAUCUACAUGGUGCUAAAAAGCCCUCUGAUUUCUGUGACGUUUGAAGCACAGAGAAUCACAUGGCAUUAACUGCAAGCACAGGGGUCUUUUAAAUCUCUCAUGGUUCAUGUACACUUCCCUUUCCAAGUUGAAGAGGUUUCUUUUUUGGUGACCACUAUGGUAUGAGGCAGGCAACUCCCUGCCAGGCCCAAUGGUAGAGAAAACGAAAAAUAGGCAGGCCACCCCUCCCCACAAUUAACAUCAGAGGAAAUUUUUUACAAGUUCAUCUUCCUACCACUUUUUAAAAAGAAAAAUGUCUGUCUGAAAAUAAUCUCUAUGCUCAUUUCCGUAAUUCACUUUGCAACCAGUUUCUUACUAUGAAGUCGUUCAUGUAAGAACUUGACCACAAGACUUUUCGUACAGCUGGCUCUACUAUGGGAACCGGAGUUUGGUAAGCUGCUGGGGCUGCUGUGGGAGGGGUUCAGGUAUAGAAUUAUGUUACCUUCAGACAUCUCAGCGGUGAUGCACGUAGGGAGACCAUAAUAGGUGGUGGUAAGUGUUUGCCCAAGUAUAGGAAUGAUUUUAACUACGAUGUAUGCUAUUCCCUAUGCAACAAAUAUCAAACAGGAUAUGUCUUGUGACCUGUUUUUUUUU